AAAAGUAGGUGGGGACAGGGUAACGAAAACAAGGGGAAAGACGCAAGAGGACUGAAGCUGUGCAAUGAAAAGCUUCUGUAGUUCCGUCUGUCACACGAGUCAAGAUUGCCGAAUCCCUGAGAGGAAAACGAAAGAAUUACAGAGCGGUGGCAAGAUCUCUUAGUCUGCGAUAGUAGCAACAAUGGAUGCACUGAGGAAACAAGCAAGCAAGCUUAGUAAGCAAGUUGUCAAACAGCAGCAGGCUGUGAUAAAGCAGUUCAGUGGGACUGGUUAUGAAAGUUCUGAUGUAAUGGUUAUAGAUGAGGUUGAGUUACAGAGGCAUCAACAACUAGAGAAACUUUACAGGUCUACUCGUGCAGGCAAGGAUUUUCAAAAGGACAUUGUGCGAGCAGCUGAAGCAUUUACUGUAAUAGGAUUCAAGCAAAUUGAAAUAGGGACCAAAAUAUCUGAGGAUUGUUGCAAAUAUGGAAGAGAGCACAUCAAAGAUGACGACAUUCUAGCCAAAGGUGCUACUCAAUAUGGUGAUGCUCUCAUUCAUGUGCAGAAGGAACAAGAAGACUUGAAUAAUCUGCUAUCUUCCCAGGUGCACCCUUUUUGUUACUCUUAAGAGAUUUGAAAGUUA